AUGCGCCAUCCGACUAUAUCCACGAGCCGGUCGAGCCCCACUGUCUCCCACUCACUGAUGAAUGGGACUCGUAGUAAGCCGUUCGUUGUGAGAGUUACAGCAGGAACGGCACCACUCGUUCGUUGCUCGCCUCCGCUUCUGCCUCCGAUUCCCACCCAUCGCGCCACCAGUCCAUCACCACUCCCAGAAAACCCUCCACCUCGCUCGGGCGUUGGUGCUCGCCCGAUGAUCACGUUCGCGGACCUGACGGAGCCGGCGCCGGGCGCCGAGCGGCGCGUUGACCGGCAGCUGUGGCUGGCGUGCGCGGGCGGCAUGUGCACCGUGCCGCCGGUGGGCUGCACCGUCUACUACUUCCCGCAAGGCCACGCCGAGCACGCGCUUGGCCUCGACGCCGGGGCCGAUCUCUCCGCGGCGCGCGUCCCAGCGCUCGUGCCCUGCCGCGUCGCCGCCGUGCGGUACGUGGCCGACACGGACACCGACGAGGUCUUCGCCAGGAUCCGCCUCGCCCCACUUGGCGCCACGGACGCGGAUGGCGAUAUCCAUGACGAUGCCGCGGCGGCGGCUGAUGACGAGCAGGAGAAGCCGGCGUCGUUCUCAAAGACUCUGACGCAGUCCGACGCCAACAACGGCGGGGGUUUCUCGGUGCCGAGGUACUGCGCUGAGACCAUCUUCCCGCGGCUGGACUACGCCGCCGACCCGCCCGUGCAGACCGUCAUCGCCAAGGACGUGCACGGGACUGCGUGGAAGUUCCGCCACAUCUACCGGGGCACCCCGCGGCGGCAUCUGCUCACCACGGGCUGGAGCGCGUUCGUGAACCAGAAGAAGCUCGUGGCCGGCGACUCCAUCGUGUUCCUGCGCGGCGACGGCGGGGACCUCCACGUGGGCAUCCGGCGCGCCAAGCGUGGGUUCUGCGGUGCCGAGGAGGGAUCCUUGUCUUUGACCGGUUGGGGCCGCUAUUCGGGUCCGAUGCGAGGCAAUGCGAGCCCGUGCACCCGGGGCAAGGUGCGCGCUGAGGACGUGGUCGAGGCGGCAAGGCUGGCGGGCAGUGGACAGCCGUUCGAGGUCGUGUACUUCCCACGCGCCAGCACACCGGAGUUCUGCGUGCGCGCCGCAGCAGUGCGAGCGGCGAUGCGGGUUCAGUGGUGCCCCGGGAUGCGGUUCAAGAUGGCAUUCGAGACCGAGGAUUCGUCCCGCAUCAGCUGGUUCAUGGGCACCGUCGCCGGCGUCCAGGUCGCCCACCCCACCCGCUGGCCGCAGUCGCCGUGGAGGCUUCUUCAGGUGACGUGGGACGAGCCGGACCUCCUCCAGAAUGUGAAGCGGGUCAGCCCGUGGCUGGUCGAGAUCGUGUCGAGCAUGCCGGCUAUGCACCUCGCCUCCUUCUCGCCGCCGCGCAAGAAGUCCCGUAUUCCGGCUUACCCGGAGUUCCCCUUCGAGGGUCAGCUCCUAAACCCGUCGUUCCCCCCAAACCCAAUGGCGCACGGCCAUCGGCGCCAUUAUCAUCACACCGACAGCUACCAUCCGUCCUUCUCCCCCUUCCCGGAUUGUAGUGCUCCUUCAGGCAUACAGGGAGCCAGGCAUUCGCAAUUUGGUCCAUUUUUAUCGGAUCUCCACCUUACCCACCUGCAGUCAAGACUCAUGUAUCCGGGGCUUCGCUGCCACGAUCAUGUCAGUCCUGCACCAAUCCCAUCAAGAAUCACCACUGACCUGACCAUCGGGAGCUCACCGGCGCGCAACGGCGUCUCAACCACUCUGCCUGCCAGCGCCAAGAGGCCCAACGACGCCAAGCCGCCGGGGCUAGUGCUCUUCGGACAAACCAUACUAACGGAGCAGCAGAUGAGCCGUGGCGACUUGGCAGGCGUGAGCUCAGCCGCGGCCACCGGGAACAGCUCGCUCAACUGGAACACCGACAAAGCGGGCAAUGCAUCGCAGGGCUCGGGCUCUACUGUCGUUCAGAACAGUGGCUCGACUGAUAACACAUCGCCGGAGAGACCGCGGCGGUUUGGAGACAAUAGCCACGUCUCCGAGCUCGGGUUGAAGCCCGGGCAAUGCAAGGUGUUCGUCGAGUCAGAUACCGUCGGCCGGAAUCUCGAUUGCUCGGCGAUGAGCUCGUUCGAGGAGCUCUAUGGCCGCCUGUCCGAGACGUUCUGCAUUGAGGGUGCGGAGCUGAGGAGCCGUGUGCUCUACCGUGGCGCCGACGGUGAAGUGAAGCACGCCGGUGACGAGCCUUUCAGCGAGUUUAUCAAGUCGGCACGGAGGCUUACCGUACUGACAGAUGCUGGGAGCAACAACACGGCGAGCUAG